AUGUCCAUCUUCUGCGUCUCCGUACGCACGGUCUGGGUGAUCGCGGUAAUGACCACAUCUCAACUACUAGCUCUUGGCGACAUGUCCUUCACUACCAGCACCAUCGUCGGCGGCUCAUGGGCAACCCCAAACGGUAGCCCGUUCUUCCACUGGGACGGAGAAGACUACGUGAAGGCCCCGAUGGCGUGGCUGCGGGAAGAGUACGAGGCGUACGAGGCCGGGCGCCUGGUGCGCCUGGCCAAUGAGGAGAGAGAGGAAGGGGUCGUGGACGCGGACGCGUUCUUCAAGACUCUGGCGGUGGGGAGCUGGGCGGACGACAUUGAAGACGAGGAAGAGGACGGCACCGACUUCAUGCCGGAGGUCAGCGAGGCGGAGAGAUUCGAGGUGUGGGUCAACGCCGCCGAGGAGGAUGACACCGCCGACGCCGACUUCGUUCAGGUGGUGAGCAAGGUCGAGAACUUCAAGGUGUGGGUCGACGCCGACGCCGCCCCUCCGAUCGCUUGCGUCGCGCCGCCCGGGGCCAACAGCGGGGGUGGCGAAUCGCACGCCCCUCGCGCCGCCCUGGGGGACCUCGGAGGCGGCGCACGCAGGGGCAGGAGCAAGACCGGGGUGGCCGAGGAUGGCGCGCUGGAGCUCCCGACCGCUGGGCAGUCCGGGCUCCGGGCGCGCCACGGGAGGAAUCGGCUCUCCCCUCGCGCCGCCGAGGGCGGGUCUGGCGGGAUGACGAGGAGCCGGCGUGCCAGAGGCCUCUUGCCGGUCAACGAGGACGUCAAGGAGGGACAAGUUCUCGGGAUCAGCACCGACGUCGGCCUCAAGACCGGGAACGACGGCGGACUCGAGCCGCGGACUGGCCGCGCUGUCAGUGACGCUGGGGAGGCUGGGGCGCGGUGGUCGACACCUCGUGCGGCUCUGGUGGGCGGCGGCGUGGCUGGGAUGAUGGGGGGAGAGAACGCUCCAGGACCGGCGGGCGGGACGCGGAAUAAGACGAAGACCGGCGAGGGGACACGAGAGGGCAAGGUGCGUCAUUUACUGUGUCUUGUCCUCGGACGGUUGGUGACGGCCCUCGUAUGCAGGCUCCUGCGAAGCCCUGGCGGACCGGCGCCGUUCGCGGCGGUGGGGAACGUCGUCGGCUAA